AUGGAGGUUCCCUUAGUUCAUACCGGAUCGAGAUCCGUCAACCACUUCAACAAAACGGGCGAUACCGCCAAGCUGGGCCAUUGCCUGCAUUAUCUGCUUGAGGAUGCUGCAGAGAAAUAUCCGACCAAUCUUGCCCUCGUUUGCGACAAUACCACACUCACGUAUCGGGAUCUCAACGAGGCUGCCAACCGCCUCGCCAGGGUCCUGAUAAGCCUGGGUGUAGGCCGCCACGAUUUGGUUGGUGUUGCUAUUGACCGAUCAGCUUAUCUCGUUGUGACUCUGUUUGCCGUGCUCAAGAUUGGAGCCGCAUAUGUGCCACUUGACGCCGCAUUUCCAUCACAACGCAUCAAGCACAUGCUGGAUGUCGCGGCGCCGAAACUACUUGUUAUCACCGCUGGUACGCUGAGUACCUUUGAGUCCUGGGCAGGUGUUAUCUUGAGCGUCGAUGAAGAAAAGCUCAAUGUGACUAGCUCUGCGAUGGAAUGUUCCAAUCUCCAAGUCGAUGUGCACCCACAAGACCUAGCCUAUGUGAUUUUCACGUCUGGCUCUACCGGAAAGCCUAAGGGGGUAGAAAUCACCCACGGCGCUUUGUGCAAUCUGCUUCUAUCCAUGAGAGAAGUCUUCGACUGUGAGGAAGCAGAAAGACUUCUGGCCGUGACCACCGUUACAUUUGAUAUUGCGGCACUUGAGCUCUUUAUGCCGCUACUGUCCGGAGCUGCGACAGUCAUUGCUAAGAGGGAACAAGUCAAGGACGUCAAGGCCUUGCGUGGCCUACUGGAACGCCAUGCCAUCACGAUGAUGCAGGCGACCCCUGCGUCCUGGCAAAUGCUGCUUGAGUCAGGUUGGAAAGGUAGUCCUGCGCUGAGGAAACUACUAUGCGGUGGUGAAGCUAUGCCGGCGACACUUGCUGCGCGCCUGCUUGAGUGCGGUGAUUCAUUGUGGAACUUGUACGGACCAACCGAGGCUACCGUAUGGGCCGCUGCUUGGCAAGUCAGGCAUGGGGAAGACAUCAUCAUCGGCCAGCCUCUAGCCAACUAUCAACUAUAUCUUUUAGAUGAACAGCUGACGCCAGUGCUGCCAGGUCAAUAUGGCGAGCUCUAUAUCGGCGGUCCUGGCCUUGCCCGCGGCUAUCACAAGAACCCGGAGCUUACACAGGCUAGCUUCAUCGACAAUCCGUUCACCCACGGGCGCAUGUACCGCACCGGCGAUAUCGGUUGCUUCUCGAAACCAGACAAAUUGAGUAUAUCGGGCCGGGCAGACAGCCAGAUCAAAGUCCGAGGAUACAGGAUCGAGCUAGGUGAUGUCGAAGCAGCGUUGGCAGGUCACCCACAGGUAAUUGGGGCUGUGGUGAUUUGCCGUCAAGAUCAGUUAAUCGCAUACUUUACAUGGCGAGCCGGCUCUAAGAAGGCAGAAACGAAUGCCGGAGCAAAAUGCAAUGAGACCGCCGCACUGCGCAAAUGGCUGGGUCAAUCUCUCCCACCCUACAUGGUGCCCGCAUUCUUUGUGCAAAUCGAGGCUUUCCCAAUGACGCUGAACAACAAAAUCGAUCGCAAAGCCUUACCAGACCCUCUCGCAGACAAGACCCCAGUCAAAUUGGAGCCCCAAUCGCCCACGCCAUCGUCCAAACCCGCAGCGGCAUCUACCUCGUCACUUGAGCGCCAUAUCUUGGCUGUCUGGUCUCGGGUUCUUGGUGUCACCCGAAUUGGCACUAAAGACAAUUUCUUCCAUCUCGGUGGCAACUCUAUGCGUGUUGUCCAAGUCCAAGUCCAGCUAGAAAAGCUUCUCAAUCGUUCAAUUCCGAUCGCGAAGCUCUUUGAGCACUACUCAAUCGAGUCACUGGCAGGAUAUUUGGGCGGAAAAGAUGCGAUUGGCGUGCACCAGUACCAUAUGCGCCGUUGUCUCCCCUCUGCCUCCGAAGGGGAAGAGCGCAUAGCCGUCGUUUCCAUGGCGUGUCGCCUUCCUGGUGGCGUCUGCACUCCCGAGGAGCUAUGGAAGCUUUUACGAUCCGGCCGUGAUGCGAUUACCGAUGUACCAUCGGAUCGGUGGAAUGCUGCCAUGCUCCAGGAAGCCGGGUUGGACACCGGUCAACUAUCGGAAUGCUUGCGCGGCGGAUUCCUCCGCUGCAUCGACUCAUUCGACAUUGCCCUAUUCGGUAUUUCGCCCCAGGAGGCUCGGGAGAUGGACCCCUUACAGCUCCUGACUCUUGAGACAUGCUGGGAAGGGCUUGAGCGAGCUGGCUACCCGCUUGGAAAGUUGCGUGGAAGCCGUACGGGCGUGUACAUUGGCAUCAGCAACAUGCCAGCGCAUCAAAAUUUUGCCCGUCCUCUAGCCAAUUUAAACGGAUACACUGCCACAGGUAGUGCUGGUGCCACCAUAUCCGGACGCAUCUCCCAUAUACUGGGCCUUGAGGGACCUUCGUUGACCGUUGACACAGCUUGCUCUUCUUCCCUAGUAACCACUGACCUCGCCUGUACGGCGCUGCGCCGUGGGGAAUGCGACCUGGCCGUAUCGUCCGGAACGACACUGAUGCUGACUCCCGGACUACACGUCGAGUUCAGUCGGCUCGGAGGCAUUUCGCGCGAUGGAAGGUGCAGGGCCUUCUCGGAAGACACAGAUGGCACUGGCUGGGCGGAGGGCUCCGUAGCAGUUGUGCUCAAGAGGCUGUCAGAUGCGCGGCGUGACGGUGAUACAAUCCACGCGAUCGUAUGUGGUAGCGCUGUCAAUCACGGAGGCCGUAGCGCGGGCUUGACGACACCUAGCGGCCCUGCUCAGCAGCAAGUUAUUCAGAACGCACUGAUGGCCUCGCGUCUGCAGCCGACCGACAUUGACUACAUAGAAGCACACGGUACAGGCACGAAGCUAGGAGAUCCAAUUGAGGGAAUGGCUUUGGCACAGGUAUUUGGAGGCAGCCGCAGCUCUGAUACCGAAACAAAUCCGCUCUGGAUUGGUUCGAUCAAGUCCAAUAUCGGCCAUACACAGGCGGCUGCGGGCCUCGUGGGCGUCCUCAAGGUCGUCCUGGCAUUGCAGCACCAAAUACUGCCCCAAACCUUGCAUGUCAGCCAACCUACCAGCGCAGUGGAUUGGAGAGGAGCUGGUAUGGCAUUAUUACAGGAAGACAAGUCCUGGAUCCGGCAAAAAGGCGGCCGUCUGCGGCGUGCUGGUGUCAGCUCGUUUGGAAUCGGAGGCACAAAUGCACAUGUGGUUGUCUCAGAAGUGGAAGAGACCAUAGCAGCGCCAGAGUCCGUCAAUGGCUUUUCCCAUGCUGAUUCGAUGCCGUUUCUUGUGUCAGGAAACACAAAUGCAGCCCUGGUUCAGCAGGUGGAAAGGCUGCGCUGCUACCUGAGCAAGGAUUGCAAUCUUGGUCCGCAACAGUUGGGCAAUGUGGCUUACUCACUGGCGACGACGCGAACGCAUUUCAAAAACCGCCUUGUCUUCAUGGCAGAUGGUAAGAGCAGUCUAUUGGACCAGCUGGCCGCUGCCACAAUGCCCCAUGGCACCAUCGCUGCAGCAGCGGGAACUUGCGCUGGGCAGGAUCGCAUUCGCCUGGCGAUGCUCUUCACAGGCCAGGGUAGUCAGAUUCCCGGAAUGGGCCGCGAUCUCAGUCGAACAUAUCCGGUAUUUUGCCAGUCACUCGAGACAACUGCGAAACACUUUUCCCUGGAGCGGCCACUGCUCGAAAUCAUGUGGGCGGAUGCUGACAACGCAAAAGAUGUCGCCCUCCUCAACCGCACUGACUUUGCCCAGCCAGCCAUCUUCACCCUACAAGUGGCCCUCUUGAGCUUGUGGCGAAGUUGGGGUAUCGAGCCUGGGGCUGUCCUUGGCCAUAGUCUCGGCGAAUAUGCCUCCGCGUACGCCGCCGGCGUUUUUGACCUUGCCUCUGCAUGCCGACUCGUGGAAGCGCGCGCUCGAUUGAUGCAAGGCUUGCCCUCUGGAGGCAACAUGGUGUCGCUCGAAGCCAGCGCCAGGGAAGUAGCUGCUAUCGUUGGCAGCAUGAAUCACACCGGUCGGGUGGGUAUCGCUGCCCAUAAUACACCGACGCAGACUGUGAUAUCCGGCGAUGUCAGUGCCACUGGGCCAGUCGCUGCGCAUUUCUCCGGAUUGGGUCGCAAAGUGAAGGCGCUUGAUGUGUCCCACGCCUUUCACUCUCAUCAUAUUGACCACAUGCUCGCAGACUUUGAGGCUGUUUUGGCAGAGAUUGACUUCCAUCCUCCGCAGAUACCAGUGGUCAGUGGCCUCACUGGUCGGCUAACAGAACCAGGGUCGCUUGAGGCACCUCAAUACUGGGUCUCCCAAACACGAGAAGCGGUGCAUUUCAGUGACGCGAUGCAGGCCAUGUCAAGCCUCGGCAUAGAUGUUUUCAUUGAGCUGGGACCACGGCCGGUUCUCUCCGGCAUGGGUGCUGCCUGUUUGGGCGCCGACCAGAGGCGACUUGUGUCAUGGCUGCCUUCCCUCGUUGCGCGCAAGAGCGGCGUUGAUUCUGUGCAAGAUAGUCUCGGAAAACUGCACAAGCUGGGAGUAUCGGUAGACUGGUCCGGGUACUUCAAACCUUUUGGCUUUAGACGGGUUGAGCUGCCGACGUAUGCCUUUCAGCGGAAGCGCGUUUUGUCGCUGGAGCUGCCUCGGGUACCGAAGCCGCACAACAAGGCUGAAGGUACUGAGAAUGUGAGCCGAGAGAGAACUGCGCAUGGGCCAGACUCGAGCCUUGGGGUUGGGCUUGAGGUUGGGCUCGGCAGCUUGUUAACGGAUGCAUCUGUGGAAAAACGCACAACUCUUGUUCAAGGCACGGUGCGCAAAAUCGUUGCAAAUCUAGUUGGUAUUGAGUCGUCGGACAGUAUCGACAUCAACCUCGCCUGGCAAGACAUUGGCAUCGACUCGUUGAUGGAACCUCAGUUCCGCAGUCAAUUGGCAUCUCUCACCGACAGCUUCACGGAUACGCCUCUGCCAACCAACGUCACAUCUACACACCCAAACCUGAGUGCCUUGUGCGACUAUUUGCUUUCACUAUUGCCCAAGCAACGCCAGAGUGGUUUGCUCGCUGGAACUGAGAUACCGUCAACGCUCGGUAUGAGACCGCUUAAGACGGGUAAAGCUGGCAGCAAUGUGACAUUUGCAUUCGAUAAUGUGAUCGAUAUUCAAUGGCCACCAAAGUCGGUGCUCAUUAUCGGUGCUACGGGGUUUUUGGGCGCCGUUGUGCUGCAGCAGUUACUCGAGCGAGGCAUCACAACAGCCUACUGUCUUGUGCGUGAAGCCGAUGGCUACGCCCCAGCGAUGGAUCGAUUGGAAUCAUCUCUCAAAAAGUACGAUAUCUGGAAGGAAAGUUACAGGGGCGCGCUAUACGCCGUCCCUGGCAACAUGACAAGGCCCAAUCUUGGGAUGAGCCCAGCAGACUUUCGUGGGAUGGCCAGGUCCGUGGAUGCUAUAUGUCACGUAGGAGCCUUGAUGGACAACUCUCGAUCUGCACACACCGUCACUGCUCUCAAUAGCGACAUCACCCACGAAAUUCUGCGUUUUGCAUCGAUUGGCCGUGGAAAAUCCAUCUAUUUCAUCUCGUCAUCUGUCAACCCCCAGGAAUCCCUUAGCAGGCAGGCGGACCACAGCAAUUGCCAACAAGACCGCCUGACUUCCAUGCCGAUGGCUGAGAGCAUGGUAGUAGAGGCCUGGUCUCGCGGCGCAAAAGCAUGCAUACUCCGGCUACCCUUGGCUUUCGCGUCUUCAGAAACAGGCCAUUUCAAUCCCAGGCCUGACAACUUCUUGCACUACCUGCUCGCUGGGAGUCUUCUGAUGGGCAAAUCCCCGCGUUUGCACGGCAGCAUGUCCAGAUGGAUGCCGGUCGACUACCUAGGCAAGGCCGUUGCAGCUGCAAUAAUGGAGCAUGCUUCUUUGCUUAAUAGUGAUGUCAUUUUUACAAAUACGCAGGCGCUGAGCUUCAAGGACCUCUGUUCGACAAUGCUUGCGGCAUGCAAUCAUCAUGAGAUUGUUCCUCUGGACCAGUGGCGUCGCUCUGUUCUGACAUUGGCUGUCUCGAAUCCAACAAGCCAGCUCGUGCGUCUCGCCGAUAUCCUGAGUCAGCUCACAAACCAGCACAUUGUUGAACUCUUCAACGUCGCCGCCGUGGACAAGCCGUCCUUGGAUGGCCAUGUCUGGAGCGAUGACAUCUGGCCCGCACCUUUGAUUCACGAGACGCAGCUGAGAAAGUACAUUGGCCGAAUAUAUCAAGAGACGAGCCAGACAAAUAGUGUUGGUGUCAUAGCUAGCACCCAGGCGCUCAAGACUGCGCCUCUCGACUGCCUUCCCGCCACUGAAUCGGCCGCAAGCCCUCCUACCAAAUACCCCGUUGCCCUUUCUCCGCUUCGCCGUGUCUUAUGUCCAUCCCUCGACUUUUACCCUCCAAGGUCUCGUCUUGAUCGCUUUGAGGCUGCGUCUAGGUUCUUCAACAACAUCCCGUGGUGCUCUCGGCUCAUCAAUGAAGCCUCACCAUCAGAUGGCCCAAUUCCAGGGCAUGGCCAAGCAGUUACAUUUAUCCCACACUGCUUCAACCCGGCCAGCUCGCGACACGAGCAAUUCCUAGGCUAUACCCUUUCUCACGCGCCUACGUGUAUGACCAAUAGCGAUGAGCAGCACGAUACUCGCAAUGCAAACAAUGAAGGGCCUCCUCUACGACACAUGUUGUCUCUCUUCCGACCGUCCGACCUCAACCACGUUGAAGAUCCCGAGCGGCCUAUACUCCGUGUCUCAACGCUCAUUGCAUUUGGAGCUGGUACAUCUGGUUACGAAGGAAUUGUUGCCGGUGGGCUGAUCGCAACGGUGCUUGACGAGAGUCUCUCCAUCGUCAAUGAGCUCAACUCGGCCCUGGUAGACAGCAUCUGGGCAAGCGUGCCCGGUAAGAGCUAG